AUGGAAGAGUUAGAGGAAGGCCAAAUCGCGCACGACCACUCGGCCAACGGAUAUGAUCCAGCUUUUGAAUGGCCGGGAGAGUCAGAGACAUCUCGGGAAUACGACAGUACGAAUUUAACUACGGCUCUGAGGCCAGGUCAACCGAUCUUCCGACUGGUUGUCUUGCGUUCUUCCAUCUUGUCCAGGAAGAAGAAAGUGGCGGUUAUUGAUUCAUAUCCGGAGGUCCAGCUUGGUCGAGAUGUCCAGCCAGAGGGGUCAUCCACUCCACGAAUUCGCCUUAAGGAGAUGCAAGUGUCCAAAAUUCAUGCGACGGCCUACUGGGAUGGUGCACGGAAGGAGUGGAACAUAGUUGAUAUGGGCUCUAUGCAUGGGACGUUCUUGCGUCCGGGGACAAUGUCUCCCGAUUCAGAGGGUAUUGGUACUCGACUAUCGCAGCCACGAAUGGCAAGCAUACCAAAACGACUACGACACUCUGACCAAUUGAAGCUGGGAACUACGACAUUCGAAGUACACAUCCACGACAAUCAGAGACCUUGCGGUGAUUGCGCACUGACAGAAGACGGAGAGAUUCCGUUGUUCCCAGUACCAAAAAAGGCUUCUAUGAAGCGAACGAGAGACGCUGCUGGAAUAGAUUCAGAUACCUCGGCGGCCUCGCCUGGUUUUGCGACCAUGGAAAAAGACCCGAAAAAAGCUCUCACCAUGUUGAAGCGGAGUCUCCUGACCCGUCACAACGAUUCACAGCACGCCUCCACUUCGACGGCGCCAAUUACUAAAUCUGAGUACGUCGACCGGGCCGCCCGUCGACGGCUCCUCCAUCCUGCUUCUCGACCUGAUAGCCCGGGUGUUGCAAGCAUAACAACGGAAACCACUAGAAAGCUGCAGCCAGCGCUAACUGGAGCUGAGGAGCAAGUUCCGAACUCGGUUACAUCCCAACCACCUACUCCAUUACCACCAGAGAAUAUUGGACAUCGCUUGCUCAUGCAACAAGGUUGGGCUCCAGGGACGUCGUUAGGAGCACCUUCAGAUCCAGAGGAUGGUAGGAUCGGACUCGUUGAACCACUGGAACUGAAAUCAAGUCAGAAUCGCAGCGGAUUGGGUAUGAAGUCACCCCCCGCAGACACAGACACGUCAAUAUCUGGACUCGAUUGGAAAGAACGUGAAAAGCUCAAGAGAUUUGGAGCGUUUGGGCGAUAA